AUGGGAGACCUUAUGAAAAGACAGUUCAGCAUCUUAGAUUUAUCUGGAAAGAAAUUUCUGGAAUGGAAAGUGGACGCAAUGAUGAAUUUGAAAGCUCAAGGCUUGGAGCACACUGUUAAAGAAAAUAAAAGUCCCCCUGGUCAAACAACUGAUACUACCACUUCUGCAAUGACGGUUGAAAAACCCAUUACCGAACAAGAAAAGGCAAAAGUCUUAGUGUUACUAAGGCAUCAUUUACAUGAAGGCCUUAAAACUGAGUACAUGAUGGUUGAAGAUCCCAAAGAAUUAUGGGAUUGCCUUAAUGAAAGAUUUGGACACCACAAAAGGGUGCUCCUUCCUAAGGCAUUAUUUGACUGGACAAAUUUACGGUUCCAGGAUUUCAAAUCUGUAAUAGAUUACAAUUCAACCAUACAUGAGAUAGUAUCUAUAUUGAGAUACUGUGAUCAUCCAGUCACCGAUGAACAAAUGAUUGAAAAAAACACUCACUACCUUUCAUGCAAGCAACAUACUGUUGCAAGAACAAUAUCGUGA